AUUCCUUUUGGGACUUGGGAUGGGUCACACAGAGGUAUUUUGGUUUCUUUCUCACUUUGGAUUUGCAAGCUUUUCUUCUCUUUUCCUCUUCUUUUUCUCUUUAGGCACCUUCACAUUCCCUUUAUGUCUAUUGGGUUGAUACUUCUCCUUCAAGUUGGUUUCUACAGUAAUACAUUCCCUCCAAAGAACCCUUCACUGUUUCUUCAAUCACCUUCUCAGAGAAAAGAAAAAAACAGUUUCUCUUUUUAAUUUAUUUAUUAAUUUUUAUUUUUUGUAAAAAAAGCUCAAUAGAUAUAUGCAUGUAGUAUUGGAUUAGGCUUUAAUACAAGUGGUUUUGUGGGGUGGUGGAUUUGUUUUUGGGAUCGUGAUUAUCUUGGUUUGAGAGAUUUGGGAUUUGGGUUUUGUGGAGAUUUGGGUAUUGUUGUUGGUAUAGUGUAGGGUGGUGUUUGAAGAGUGAGAAAGUGAAAAAGAAAAGCAGAGCAAGAAAGAAGAGUGAUGGCAGGAGGAGGAGCUGCACCACCGCCCAAACAGGAGGAGUUGCAGCCACAUCCGGUUAAAGAUCAGCUGCCCAACGUUUCUUACUGCAUCACUAGUCCCCCUCCCUGGCCUGAGGCUAUAUUGCUUGGGUUCCAGCACUAUCUUGUGAUGCUUGGCACAACAGUUCUCAUUCCCUCCACUUUGGUUCCCCAGAUGGGAGGAGGACAUGAAGAGAAAGCGAAGGUGAUCCAGACAUUACUGUUUGUGGCUGGUUUAAACACAUUGACUCAGACAUUGUUUGGCACCCGAUUACCCGCAGUGAUUGGAGGAUCUUAUACCUUUGUGCCUACAACAAUUUCAAUUGUCUUGGCUGGUCGAUACAGCGACCUUUUGACUCCUCAGGAGAAAUUUGAGAAGAUAAUGCGAGGAAUCCAGGGAGCACUAAUUGUUGCUUCAACCCUUCAGAUUGUCAUUGGUUUUAGUGGCCUUUGGCGCAAUGUCAUUAGGUUCUUGAGUCCACUCUCUGCUGUUCCUUUGGUAGCUCUAACAGGAUUUGGGCUUUAUGAAUUGGGCUUCCCUUUGGUUGCAAAAUGCAUCGAGAUUGGAUUGCCACAGCUCAUAUUUCUAGUUAUUUUUUCCCAGUUUAUACCUCAUCUAAUGAGUGGGGAGAGGCAUGUCUUUGACCGCUUUGCUGUUAUAUUCUCGGUGGUGAUUGUUUGGAUUUAUGCUCACCUACUUACUGUGGGUGGGGCAUAUAAGAGCGCACCCAUGAAAACUCAAUUAAGCUGCCGAACAGAUCGUGCUGGACUUAUAGGUGCUGCUCCAUGGAUUAGAGUCCCAUAUCCAUUUCAAUGGGGAGCUCCCACAUUUGAUGCUGGAGAAGCUUUUGCAAUGAUGGCUGCAUCAUUUGUUGCUCUUGUAGAGUCCACUGGUGCCUUCAUUGCUGUGUCAAGGCAUGCAAGUGCAACUCCUGUGCCACCUUCUAUUCUCAGUCGCGGUGUUGGUUGGCAGGGAGUGGGCAUUUUGUUCUCUGGAAUAUUUGGAACUGGGAAUGGAUGCUCAGUAUCAGUUGAAAAUGCUGGUUUGUUAGCAUUGACACGUGUUGGCAGCCGAAGAGUUGUGCAGAUAUCUGCUGGUUUCAUGAUUUUCUUUUCCAUACUUGGGAAAUUCGGAGCUGUCUUUGCCUCAAUCCCAGCACCAAUCAUUGCAGCUCUGUAUUGCCUUUUCUUCGCCUACGUGGGUUCAGCAGGUCUCAGUUUCCUCCAGUUUUGUAAUUUAAACAGCUUUAGAACGAAGUUCAUCUUAGGCUUCUCGGUUUUCAUGGGUUUAUCAAUACCACAGUAUUUCAAUGAGUAUACAGCAGUUAACGGUUAUGGUCCUGUCCACACCGGAGCAAGAUGGUUCAAUGACAUGAUCAAUGUGCCUUUCUCGUCGGAAGCAUUUGUUGCCGGCAUGUUGGCACUUUUUCUAGACGUCACACUGCAUCGCAAAGACACUGCUACCAGGAAAGACCGGGGCAUGCAUUGGUGGGACAGGUUCCGGUCAUUCAAGACGGAUACGAGGAGCGAAGAGUUCUAUUCCCUGCCCUUCAAUCUCAACAAGUUUUUCCCAUCAGUGUGAUUCUCGGGUGGUUGUUUUUGAGGCAAUGUGAUCCAAGUCAUGAGCUUGCUCCUAAUAGCUCAUUGUGGGUAAUUUUACUUUGAUCAUCAAUCUCUUUACUAUAUUUCUUCACCUCUUUUUCAUUUCAGUCUUUAAUACAAAAAACCAUGUUUAGUAUAGAUGAAUCUCUUGUUCUUGCAGCAUUAUCUGGUGAGCAGUUUCAUUUUCUGAUAUUCCCUUUUUAAUCCCUGUAUGUGAAACUGGUGUGAUGAAAUGUAGUAUGAGCAUCAUUUUCAGUUA